AUCGUCAUAUACUCUUGUUGCACAGUCGACCCUCAGCGCCGCCGCCGAGCAGCCAUUGUGCAGACAGCCACGCGUUACAGCCGCAGCGACCGCACACUGCCCUCGCAGCCUGUCUCACCCUCCAGAUCUGAACCCUCGCGUCCCCCGCAAUCCGCACUGGACGCAUGUCCCACCACACUUCUCGAGCCCUGAAUCGAGUACCACCACCGCCGCGACGCACGUUUUCCGUGACCGGCGAGCAUUUUUUAUUCGGAUAAAGAGCUCUCGUCUUGCUGUAGAAGUAUUUUGCAGUGCCCGCGUUAACCGAUGAAGCCACAGGAUGGCUCUCUCCCAGAGGAACCCUACUUCGCAACCCUCGGCAGCCCGACUGACCAUGUCUCGCUCACUAAAAACAAGAGCAUGUCGAACCUGCUCUCUCACGCCAUGUCCGCCCCGCCCGUAAUCGACACUACCAAGCGCAUGAGCUUCGAUGCGGGCCAGCUCAGCCGUGUCACCAGGUCGCCCAUUGUGUCCGAGCACGAGCAUGGCCUGGGAGCGUCUGGCCUCCGCCGCAUCCGCCAGCAGCCACCGAGGCAGCUGCCGCCCACCCAGCGCAGCGCCUCGCUGAACGUCAGCACGCCGCCCGCCUCGCGACCCCCUUCAGACGCUGCGCCGUCGGUGCCGGGAUCUCCGACCCUCGCCUUCGGCGAAGACCUCAUGCGCUUCCCCUCCGAGUCGCUACACUCGUUCUCGUUUGCGACGCAGUCCGACGAGUUCAUCCAUAACCGGCAGAAUGUCUUGAAGCGCUCGAUAGACUUCAUGCGAGACCGGCUGGGAUGGGCAGCUACGAACCCAGGCAUUGCGAACGCACAGGCGCAGCUGAGCGGGGAUCUCGAGGUGCAGAGCAUGAUGGAACUGCUGCAGAGGGCGAACCUGAUUGGGCAAGACGGCACAGGAGCACACGGGCUUGGGGCCCUUGGUCCCGUCACUGGGCCUGCAGACAUGUCUGGCGAGAAUCCCUUCGACAAGGGCUUCGAGGCACAGCGGUCUGCGAGCCCUGAGAGCAUGCUCCAGUCUGCAAGACCACCGGUACAUCGAGCCGCGACCGACAUCAGGGGCGGCACGGACAAGGACGACCAGGGAGUGCCGGCGCUCAGUCCCACGACCUUACACACAUCCCUGCCUCCGCAACGGCCGAACCGUCCGGCUUUGAAACGCACAUUGACCGACGUUGCAUCGCUCACGAUACAGAGUCAGCUUCACGAUGUCCUGGCCAAGCCUUAUCUGGUAGGCGAUCAGGUUCAGAGCAACUCGGUCAUAUCGCAAACGUCCAUUCCUGCUGUGCUACCUAGCUUCCAUAGCGUACAGGUACCCCUCUCUGCAGGACCGGCACCCCAUGGCCACGGCACUCGACAUGCUGCCGCGGCACAGGCUAUCUUCACGACCGAAGCAGAAGCUCCUUGGACGAUCACAUCCGCAAACGACUUGGCAUGCUUGGUGUUUGGUGUCACCAGGGCUGAGGUCCGCAAGCUGGGCAUCCUCGAAGUUGUUCGAGAGGACCGGCGGUCGUGGCUAGAAGGCAAGCUCAAAAACCCAGACUUGGGCUCCAAGGCGCAGGCAGCAUUGGCGCAAACAACCAAUCUCAAGGUCGGCAAUGGCCUGACUGCAAGGCUGUUGAGCAAGCCCUCAUCACGGACGACGGCUGCGAGGAAGGCAAAGACAGACGAUGGCAGUGGGUCGUCGUACUACAACGCCAAGAAGACAGGAAAGCUCAAUCACGAGUCGAAGGGUUCGAGAGGCGUACUGCUUUGCGGCGAUGUGAUUCCAAUCCAGAAGCGGAAUGGUGCCACGGGUGCAGCAAGCUUAUGGGUGAAAGAGAAGCGAGGUGGCCUCAUCUGGGUACUAGAAGAGAUAGCUGAGGAUGUCGUAUUCAUCAAUGUAGACGAAGUAGGUUGCGUCUCCAAGGGCUGGGGCGCGACCGAAGCCGUCUUCGGUAGUGACAGACUACGCAGAGGCAUGGAUCUCUUACGCCUGAUACCCGGGAUACCACGCCUCAAGGGCACCAACACUGGCGCCCUAGACUACGACGAGAUUGCUGAGGUACGCAGCUACACAGCUCGCACGUCAAACAGCAUCAAUAUCCCAGUCACGGUGGAAGCACUUCCUGAUGAGCCUACCUUCCGCGUCUCCAGCUUCCCACACAUUGCUGGAAUCCUCGUACUCAACUCUUCCGACCUCACAAUCACAAGCUCCAACUCGGUCUUCUCAGAAGCGUUGUUCGGGCAGCCACGACCCGAGACUCUGCACGUCAGCAAGCUCAUACCUGCAUUCGACAAGAUCUUGAACAUUAUGACGGACGAAGACAAAAUCGAACUGGUGGAUGGUAUUGUCAUCCCAGAGCACAGCUUCCGGCGUGCGCGAGCUUUGCUCGCCAUGCGGGAGGGCAGCGCAGAUGCAGCAGCCAUCUUCCUGAGGCCCAGUGGCCUCCCUGCUUUGCAUCGCGAUGGAUCAGAGAUCAUGGUGGAUGUGCAGAUGAGGGUCGUAAAGAGUGACAAGACACCCCGUUUCGAUGAGCAGGUGAUUGAGGAAGAGGGUGACUCACAUGCGCAACCAGACAAACCGCAGCUGGUGUACGCGUUGUGGGUGACCUAUUCUAGGCAACUGCACGCUACAAACCACGGCAUUGGUCCAGUCACACCGCUCAUAUCGCGUCCAGGGACACCACCGCAUCAACCUUCGCCCGGACAAACAAAUCUGAUCAUUCCCGAAGAGGCUGAGUCUUCUGACCAGUCGAAAGCAGGCACGCCGCCCGUCUCUCUGCUCUCGCAGCAACUGCAAGAAGCCGCAAAACCCUUGCCUCCACAAGAAACACCAGCACAUGCAAUGGCAGCGCCUCCUGCACCAGUCAAGGAGGCGCCGCCGGAGAAGAAGACCAUCAAUGACUUUAUCGUACUCGAGGAGAUGGGUCAGGGCGCGUAUGGUCAGGUUAAGCUAUGCCGCUACAAGAAGAACAGUAGCAAGAAGGUCGUUAUCAAGUUUGUCACAAAGCGGCGCAUCCUUGUCGACACAUGGACACGAGAUCGUAAGCUCGGCACUGUACCGCUAGAGAUUCACGUCCUCGACUUCCUACGCAGAGACGGCUACCAGCACCCGAACAUCGUUGAGAUGGCCGACUUCUUCGAGGACGAUGUCAACUACUACAUCGAGAUGGUGCCUCAUGGUCUCCCUGGCAUGGACUUGUUCGACUACAUCGAGCUCCGCGUCAAUAUGGAGGAGAAGGAGUGCCGCAAGAUCUUCGUCCAGGUCGCUGAGGCAGUGCACUUCCUGCACACUAAAGCCAAGGUCGUGCAUCGCGACAUCAAAGACGAGAAUGUAGUCCUAGAUGGUGACGGUAAUAUUAAGCUCAUCGACUUCGGCAGCGCAGCGUACAUCAAGAGCGGGCCUUUCGAUGUCUUCGUUGGCACCAUUGACUAUGCCGCCCCCGAAGUCCUCGCGGGCCGCUCCUAUCGUGGCAAAGAACAGGAUGUGUGGGCACUCGGCAUCUUGCUGUACACCAUCAUCUACAAAGAGAAUCCGUUCUAUAGCAUUGACGAGAUCAUGGACCACGAUCUGCGCGUGCCGUGGGUUAUGAGCGAGGAAAGCAUCGACUUGGUGAGGCUGAUGCUCGAUCGCGAUGUUGAGAAGCGAAUCACAAUCAGCCAGGUGUUGGAGCAUCCGUGGUGCGCUAGUGGCAAUGGAGAGGCGGAUGCGGGUCUGAGGUGAGACGCUGCGGUCGACUUUUUUUUUUUGAAGAGGAGUCGGGAUUUUCCUUUAGAACAGUCCAAGUAUCCGUGGGUUUGCUGCCUGGC